AUGAUUGUACAAGAGGGUAUUUUCAUCGGUGGCAACAGACAAACUCAAGUCAGCUGUUACUCUUCUGAGCACGAAAUUCUGGCUUUUGGAGCUGGAAAAACAAUUGCUUUAUGGAAACCUUUGGAUUCCAGUAGUUAUGGGGUUUUCAAGACUUUAAAAGGCCACAACGCUGAAGUCACUUGUGUCAGAUUUGUUCCUGGAACAAAUCUGUUGGUUUCAGCAUCGGAAGACUUCCAGAUCAGAAUCUGGAAAAAGCGUAAUAGCACACUAGAAAACGGUAGCGCUACUUUCGAAUGCAUCCAGACAUUGACCUACCAUAAACAUUCCAUUACUGCCAUUUCAGUGCUCGAGACUAUGUUCGUUGUUGGCUGUGCAGAUGGAUCGGUCUCCAUAUGGAGUCUAGGCGAUGCAGACGAAGCACAACUGAUUCACGCCUUCGAGCCCAGAAAGAACACUUUUCCUCUAUGCUUGGCUUUGCAGGAGAUCCACAACAACAAAAUCCUGCUGGCCAUUGGCGGGACUAGCACUGACGUUCUUAUAUAUUCUUUUCUGUGGGAACCGAAAACUUCAGAACUAUCUGAAUUCCAGCAGGCAGCUGUCCUGGAAGGUCACGAAGACUGGAUCAAAGCCAUGGAUUUCCACAAGGAAUCACCCGGGAACUUGAUGCUUGCCACGGGGUCUCAAGAUCGAUACAUUAGGCUGUGGAAAAUACGAGUGAACGAGCUCAUCGAUACUUCAGACGAGGACGAAUCUAAGCUCAAGCUCCUGAGCAACAAACAAAACAAGUUCUCAAUCGGUCCGGAUUUCAAAGUUGCCAUCAGUUUUGAAGCUUUGAUAAUCGGUCACGACGACUGGAUUUCCAGUGUGCAAUGGCAUGAAAACCAGUUACGUCUUUUGGCGUCAACCGCGGAUACCGCAGUUAUGGUGUGGGAACCCGAUGAGGAAUCUGGGGUGUGGGUGUGUACUUCCAGACUUGGUGAGCUGUCAUCUAAGGGUGCAUCCACUGCUACAGGGUCUGCAGGGGGAUUCUGGUCGUGUUCGUGGCUAAUCAAAGAUGGAGAAGACUACAUUGUAACUAAUGGAAAGACCGGAUCUUGGAGAAUGUGGAAAUCGGACAGUUCAGGCUUAUGGGAUCAACAGCUCGCUCCAACUGGUCCGGUCAAAGCUGUCACAGAUGUUGCAUGGGCGCCUAAUGGUCGUUACUUAUUGCUGACGUCCUUGGAUCAAACAACAAGACUGAUUGCCAAAUGUACCGACCGUCAAUCGAAAAGUUCGGACUCUUGGUUCGAGUUUUCAAGACCUCAGAUUCAUGGUUACGACAUGGUGUGCGUCGAACCCAUUUCAAAUACGAAAUUCGUUAGCGGCGGUGACGAAAAGAUUCUAAGAUCUUUCGAAGAGCCAAAAGGUGUUGCUCAAAUCUUGAACAAAUUCUCUAGUAUCUCUAUUGAGGACGAGAACAAUAUGCCCGAGUCCGCAUCGCUCCCUGCACUUGGUCUAUCUAGUAAAGCUACCACAGAAGCCGAGCUAGAAGAAAAUGAUGACCCUGACGUGAGGGAAUCUAACGAAACAAAGAAUAUCUCCUUUGAUCUCAUCACAUCUUCAUCAGAGCCGCCAAUUGAAGAUCAGCUUCAGAGGCACACCCUGUGGCCAGAAAUCGAAAAGCUGUAUGGUCAUGGCUACGAAAUUUCAUGCUUGGACGUGAGCCCUGAUGCUAAGUUGAUAGCGUCGGCGUGUAAGUCUAACAAUACGCAGCACGCUGUGAUACGAAUGUUUGACGUGGACACAUGGCUACAAGUGAAACCUGCAGAACCUUUCCACAACCUGACCAUCACCAGACUACGAUUUUCGAAGGAUAAUACACAUCUGCUGAGCGUAAGUCGCGAUAGACAAUGGGCUAUUUGGGAAAGAAACUCAUCAACCAAUGAACUUGAUUUGGUCCAUAAGAACGAAAAAGCUCACACCAGAAUUAUUUGGGACUGCGAAUGGGCUCCUUUGGACUUCGGUCAAGUUUUCUUCACGGCUUCAAGAGAUAAAAGUGUCAAAGCCUGGCGCUUCACUCCUGAAUCAGGAACGUAUACGCAGAUAUCCCACGUAAAGCUGUCUGAACCAGUAACGGCCCUAGCGGUAUACCCUGAACUUAUCAAUGCAAAAGUCUUAUUGGCGAUCGGGCUAGAAAGUGGUUCUAUUCAACUACAAUUGUAUGAUGAUGACUUUGACAAAAUCAUCGAGCUAAAUGACGAAAUUACAGCAGCGGACAGAAUCAAUAGACUAAGGUGGUCGUCAUAUCACGAAGAUGGUUCGUUCACGUUGGCAGCUGCAAGCGCAGACCAUUCUGCUCGUGUUUAUUCCGUUGCGCUCGAACAGGUGAAGAAAGCAUCAGGAAAUUAA